CGCUCUCCGAGCAACUUGGCGUGCAGCUUGGAUUCUCGUCCAUGUCGAUGGAGGACAGAUUCGCUUCUCUCGAAGCCUGAAUGCGAGCUCCGCAUUUCGUCUCCCGUCUUCGCCGGCGGCGCCGCGGCGGUUCGAGUCCGCUCCGAUUCGGCCACUAGUAAGAUGGAUUUUCCGAAGUGUGCUUCUUCUGGUGGAGCACUUUCUUCUAGCAUGGGACCUUUGAUUUUCUCUAAUAAGGUGCAUGAAGUGGUUGAAAUUGGAAGGCCAGCGAGAGCUUCUGGUCAUGCUGUUGAGACUGAUGUUGAUGUAGACCUCAGAGAAAUAUACUUCUUGAUCAUGCAUUUUCUGUCAACUGGACCAUGCCAGAGAACCUUUGGCCAACUCCAGAAUGAACUUUUGGAGCAUCAGCUGCUUCCUAGAAGGUAUCAUGCUUGGGCUUCUAGGAGUGGAAUUAGAAGUGGGGAUGAGGAUGAUGAUGGCAUCUCUUUCCCUUUAAAUUAUAGUAAUCUGGUGGAAAGGUAUCCUCACAUUGGGAAAGACCACCUGGUAAAGCUUCUCAAGCAACUGAUGCAGUAUACAGGCCAUUUAGUGCAAGACAACGUUGGGAUAAAUUCACUCAGUGCUGCUGAUGUUCCAACAUUGCUGGGAGUUGGUUCCUUUUCCUUGUUGGAUGCUGACAGGAGCAAGGUCAAUAAGCAACUUAAGCGUCUACCAGCUUACUUGCACUGGCCACAUAUGCGGGCUGAUCAGGUCCGUGGGCUUGGUUUAAGGGAAAUAGGGGGAGGUUUUAGAAAGCACCAUCGUGCCCCAUCAAUUCACUCUGCAUGUUAUGCUAUGGCGAAGCCACUGAUGUUGGUUGAAAGGAUGCAAAAUAUUAAGAAGCUAAGGGGACAUCGAGUUGCUGUCUAUUGUGCAAUAUUUGAUCGAUCAGGGAGAUACGUCAUAACUGGGUCAGAUGAUCGUCUUGUGAAGAUCUGGUCAAUGGAAACUGCAUUUUGUUUGGCAAGCUGUCGGGGACAUGAAGGUGAUAUUACUGACCUAGCUGUAAGUUCAAACAAUGCACUGGUGGCAUCUGCUUCAAAUGACUUUGUUAUACGAGUUUGGCGCUUGCCUGAUGGAUUUCCAAUCUCAGUCUCGGGGCAUACUGGAGCUGUCACUGCUAUUGCAUUUAAUCCGAGGCCCAGCGCUGUAUAUCAGCUAUUAUCGUCAUCGGAUGAUGGAACUUGUCGAGUCUGGGAUGCUAGGUAUUCUCAGUGCACUCCAAGAAUAUACCUGCCAAAACCACCAGAUGCUAUUGCCGGGAAGAGUAGUGGUCCUUCAAACAAUGACCUUGCUUCUAGUAUUGCCCCGCAAAGCCACCAAAUACUAUGCUGCGCUUACAAUGCCAAUGGAACUGUAUUUGUGACUGGUAGCUCUGACACCAUUGCACGGGUCUGGAAUGCUUGUAAACCCAAUUCGGAUAAUCAAGAACAACAGGUUCAUGAGAUGGAUUUGUUAUGUGGGCAUGAGAAUGAUGUAAAUUAUGUCCAGUUUGGUGGUUGUUCUGUAGCUCCUCGAUCAUCAAUGUCUGAUAAUUUGAAGGAGGAUAAUUUUCCGAAGUUUAGAAAUUCAUGGUUCUGUCAUGACAACAUUGUCACUUGUUCUCGUGAUGGAAGUGCCAUUAUCUGGGUGCCAAGAUCCCGCAAAUCCCAUGGAAAAGGUGGACGUUGGGUGCGAGCGUACCAUUUGAAAGUUCCACCUCCUCCUUUGCCACCUCAACCUCCUCGAGGUGGUCCACGUCAGAGAUUUCUUCCGACUCCUCGUGGUGUUAAUAUGAUUGUGUGGAGUUUGGAUAAUCGCUUUGUUCUUGCAGCUAUUAUGGACUGUCGGAUAUGCGUGUGGAAUGCUGGUGACGGUAGUUUAGUUCAUUGUUUGACUGGUCACAGUGCCUCCUCUUAUGUGCUGGAUAUCCAUCCAUUCAAUCCCCGGAUAGCAAUGAGUGCUGGGUAUGAUGGAAAAGCUAUUGUUUGGGAUAUAUGGGAAGGCAGACCUAUUCGGGUGUAUGAAAUUGGGCGUGUCAAGCUAGUUGAUGGAAAGUUUUCUCCGGAUGGGACUUCAAUUGUACUUUCUGAUGAUUUUGGGCAAAUACAUCUGAUAAACACUGGUGAAGGUGAAUCCCAAAAGGAUGCCAAAUAUGAUCAGUUCUUCCUUGGGGACUACCGCCCACUUAUACGUGACGCUGUUGGAAAUGUUCUUGAUCAGGAGUCACAACUUCCACCACAUCGAAGAAAUGUCCAAGAUCCUCUUUGUGACUCCAGUCUGGUUCCAUAUCCAGAACCCUAUCAAACUAUGUACCAGCAACGACGACUUGGUGCGUUGGGUAUUGAGUGGCGUCCUCCCACCGUUAGAUUUGCUGUUGGCCCCGACUUUAUUCUCGGGCAGGAGUAUCAGAUGCUGCCCUUAGCAGAUUUGGAAAGAAUGAUUGAACCUUUACCUGAGUUCAUUGAUGCCGUUUUCUGGGAACCCGAAAAUGAAAUUAUCAGUGAAGAUAAUGACUCGGAGUACAACGUUACUGAGGAAAGUGAAGGUGAGAGGGGUAGUUUAAGUGCUGGAUUUUCCAGUGAUCCUGAGUGCAGUGCAGGAGACAGUGAAACCGAACAAAGCCAUAGAGAUAGCCGCCGUAGAGCAGGAAGGAAAAAGCAUAGAACUGAGGUUGAAUGGGUAACUUCGUCAGGGAGACGUGUCAAGAAAAGGAACUUGGAAGAGUGUGAAGGCUCUGCAUCCAGGGAUACUCAAUAUAAAAAAUCAAAAAAUCGCAGGAAAUCUUCAAAGGGGCAGUCUACCAAAGCACAUAAUUUGAGGCCUCAGCGUGUUGCAGCACGCAACGCUUUGAACAUGAUUUGUGAAAUCAGUGAUACAUCUACUGAAGGAGAAAAUAUUGACGACUCGGGGGACUCAUUGUCUGAGAGUGAGCUACUGGAGCUAAACCCAAACGAAGAAAGAGACGAUAGUGACAGGAACUUCCCUGGUCUGCAGAAGGAAUCCAGAAAAGGCAAAGAACGAAUCAUCAAACCUGAUGAAUUGCCAGAGUAUCAAUCAAAUGCUGGAAACAGGAAAAGAUUGGUUCUGAAGUUUUCACUUCGUGAUUCUAAGAAAGUUGUGCCUUCAGAAAACCCCAGAAUGAUAACGCACAAUGAUGCUGAUCUGCUGAAUGUACCUUCUCAUCUUUCUCAAGAAAUGACAGAGAACAUGAAUGCUACAACAUCCAAUGAUGUAGCUUCCCGUUCUGUGAAUUCGAGUAAUGUACAUGAGGAUAAAGAAGUAUCGGAAAAUAUUGACGACAUCCUGAUUGCAUCUGCUGGGGACAACGAGAAUAAGAUCAGAUGGGGAGAGGUCAAGAUGCGGUCAUCAGUGCGUCUGAGAUCAGACAUUUUGCCAACCGAUGCAUUGGAAGGAACUAGGGCAAGUUGUGAUGUGAAUAAGGAAAAUGAUACUGAUCUGAAUAGGGGUGAGGAGAAGUGUGGAGCUGAUGUACGUGAACCUGGGGAACUGAGAACAGAUAACCGUGCAAAUCUUGAGGGUGCACAUACAUUUUCAUCAGCCGGCUUUCCCCCAGAGAGCCAACAAGAUGGAAAUUCAGGUGCAGUUGGAGAGGAUCCUCCGCAAAGAUCAACUAUUUUGAGAAUCAAAACGAGGGGUCCGUCCAGACUGAAAGCCACUGGAGUCGAAGGUUCAACCGGUGAUGAAAGCAAUACAAACAUAAAACAUCCUCCAAUUGCCGAGCACAUUCAAAACCCUGAGGCUCCUGAAGAGGCUAUAUUUGCUGAACGGCUGACCCCCAUGGAGCCACUGCACCUGAAUUCAAAUGCGGUGGUGUCUGAUACAGACUUCAAGGGGAAAAGGCGACAAAGCUCUGACACAGAUGCAGAAGAUCUUGAUUCCUGCAGGGAGGAAGGUGUCACUGCUUUCAGAGAUCCCGAUGAUAUUGCUAUCGACUACCCUGAAGUUGCGACAGAUGCAAUACGUAGAGCAAGAUCCUUGAAGAUGAAGGCAACUUCUACAGAGCCGGAUACAAUCAACCACAGUUUCAACGUUAGAGGACAUGAAACUUCAAGGACAUCAAAGUUUGCAGAGACAUCCACAAGAAAAGCACGUGAUCAGCUUAUAUCUAAAGAUUGGUUGUCAGGUUCAAAAAUGAUGGUCAGAUCAAGGUCUAAUAGGAAUAAAAGGGGCGAUAGUAAUAAUAAUGAUCAAGGUUUUCCUUUGGGGGGGAAGUCAAGUCAGAAUCUCAGGAAAAAGUCAUGGCUGACUUUGGCAGAGCAUGAGGAGGGUUAUCGCUAUAUACCUCAGUUAGGCGACGAAGUUGUUUAUUUGAGACAGGGACAUCAAGAGUUCAUCGAAUCAAGUUGCUCGCGAGAUGUUGGGCCUUGGAGGUCGCUUAGAGGGAGUCUGAGUGCUGUGGAAGUUUGCAAAGUCGAAGCUCUUGAGUAUGCCAAUAGUCCAGGCUCUGGGGAGAGCUGCUGUAAACUGACUCUUAAAUUUGUGAAUUCUGCUUCUAACGUGUUUGGACGGACAUUCAAGUUGAUGUUGCCAGAGCUGAUCAAUUUCCCUGAUUUUCUGGUUGAAAAGACAUGGUUUGAUAAUUCUAUGUUUAGAAAGUGGAGCCUUAGGGAUAAAUGCCUUGUAUGGUGGAGAAAUGAGAAUGGGACAGGUGGAAGUUGGUGGGAGGGUCGAAUAACAACUGUACAAGCUAAGUCGCCUGACUUUCCUGACAGUCCUUGGGAAAGAUAUUCUGUUCGUUACAGGACUGAUCCUCCUGAAAGCCAUCUUCACAGCCCUUGGGAAUUGCAUGAUCUUGAAGUAUCCUGGGAUCAUCCUCAUAUAGAUUCCGAGACCCGAGAUAAGCUCUUGUCCGUGUUUUCCAAACUAGAGCGUUCAGUUGGCAAGAACCAGGACUACUAUGGCUAUCAAAAGUUGAAUGAAACCGCUCAGAAAUUGGAUUUUUUGAAUAGAUUUCCAGUAGGUUUGGAUCCAGAAUUGAUCCAGCUGAGGUUGGAGAACAACUAUUAUCGAAGAGGGGAAGCGGUGAAGCAUGACAUAACCGAGCUGAUGCGCAAUGCUCAAUCAUACUUCACAACAAACGCUGAGUUGUCUGUUAAGAUGAGGCGCCUGUCCGAUUGGUUUACUAAGACCUUGUCAGGAUUUUAGAUUCUUGUGUUCCUUUUCAAAAUUCACUAACUCCUAACUUCUUUUGGGUCUCAGCUUGAACUACAGUUACAUAGAAAACAAUUUUGUCAACAGACCCUCUUUACAGGCAGAUAGAGUAAUUUUUUGUAAGCAUUUACUGGUGGAGAUCAGAAUACACUCAUGAGUUCGUCCGCAUCAAGUUAAAUCAAUUAAAUGAAAAAGUUUUGAGAUUUGCUGUUGC